AUGUUUCAGUGUGUGUCCGGAUGAUACCUCAGGAGGAAGAGGAGGAGGAGGAUGCCACUGGUGAUGAUGACUUCUUUGGCAAUCCGUUAAAGCAUCUCAUGGCUAAAGUGAUAAGUGCCAAGAAGGGUGAAAAUGAAACCGGAACCAUUACGAAUGAUAUCAAAAAGGAAGAACUGGCCAAAAAGGAUACUAGCAAGAAACUGAAGAAUACACUAGAUGAUCUAAAUGAUGACGACGAUGAUUUACUGGCGUUGAGGGGAAAAAGAAAAGUAAAGGAAGACUCUGAUCUAUCAAAAGUUGAACAAGAAAUCGAAGAGCUGGAAAUUUUUUCCAAUAUUUCUGCUUUCCCCUUAUCUCGUAUGAAUCGUGUAACGAACAGUUCAAUGAAAAAUGAUGUCAAAAGAAGGAGGAAAGUUAUGGAUGACAAUAAUUCUAAUUUACUUGCUAAUCCUAUUAUUAUUGAUGGUGGUACUCUUGAGGCUGACGACAGUAUAUUUACAAAAGAGAAAGUCUUUGUCGUGGAACCGCACUGCUCUAUUGAAAUUGGUGACCUCGAGAGCUGUGAUACUUAUAUAAAACGUUGGAAAAUGAGCGAGACAUUCAUAAAUAUUGUCAAAUUAUAUGCAUCAAAUUGGUCUUGUUCACCGGAAAAUGUAAUUUUAUCACUAAGAAAUGGAAAGCGGAUUUCUGCUGAAGAUACUCCACACAGUGUUGCAUUCAGUGAAAAAGAGGUCAAUUAUUUGUCAGUUUACAAGAAUAGUCAAUGUGGAAGUCAUAAAAAGAAUAAAGUAACUAUCAAAUGGUUACUGCCUGAACGAAACAAACCCAUUAUUACUGCUGUUCCGAGGGAUACUUCGUUCAUGAUUUUGAAACGGGACUUCGCUAUUGAUAAUGGCUUAGAUGAGGAAAAACUUACACUGGUCUUUGACAGUGAGCGUAUCAAUCAACAAGAAACUGUGGACACAUUAGGGAUCGAAGAUGGUGAUUGCAUUGACGUUUAUAUGAAAUGAUCUCAUUUUGGCUCUCUUAAUUGCAGAGCAGUUUGCUUGACUUGAUUUAUGUGUGAUCUAUAUGAUUUAUUCAUUCCUAUACUUAUUUGAAAUUUUCUUGUUACCUUCAUUGAAUAAACGUGUACGAAGU